CCUGUUUCUCUUUCCCCGCCUACUCCGCCGCUUCGGAGCGCCAAACUCAAACUACUCUAAUCAGAACCCGGACGCCUUUCGGGCUAGUACCGAGGGCAGGGCCUCUUGGACUUUUCCGCGCAUCGGCCGGGGCUGCGGUCCAAUAUGAGCCAAGUUCUCUUCCAGCAGCUGGUUCCGUUGCUGGUGAAAUGCAAAGACUGCGAGGAGAGGAGAGUAAGUGUUAGAGUCAGCAUUGAACUACAAUCAGUUUCUAAUCCAGUUCACAGAAAGGAUUUAGUUAUCCGUCUGACUGAUGACACGGAUCCAUUUUUUCUGUAUAAUCUUAUUAUAUCCGAGGAAGAUUUUCAAAGUUUAAAAUUCCAGCAAGGGCUUCUGGUGGACUUCUUAGCUUUCCCACAAAAAUUUAUAGAUCUCCUUCAGCAGUGUGCUCAAGAACAUGCCAAAGAAAUUCCAAGGUUUUUGCUACAGUUAGUUUCUCCAGCAGCUAAUCUGGAUAACUCACCUGUAUUUUUAAAUGUGGUAGAGACAAAUCCUUUUAAGCAUCUUACACACCUCUCACUAAAACUUUUACCUGGAAAUGAUGUGGAGAUAAAGAAAUUUUUAGCAAGCUGUUUAAAAUGUAGCAAGGAAGAAAAAAUAUCAUUGACGCAAUCACUAGAGGAUGUUACUAGGCAACUGAACUUAACGCAAAAGACAUUAUCAGAAAAAAUUCAAGAAUUAGAUAAGCUACGGAAUGAAUGGACAUCACACACAGCAGCGUUGACAAAUAAGCAUUCUCAGGAACUGACAAAUGAGAAGGAAAAAGCUUUACAGGCACAGGUUCAGUAUCAGCAACAGCAUGAACAACAGAAAAAGGAUUUAGAAAUCCUCCAUCAGCGAAACAUCCACCAACUACAGAACAGAUUGUCUGAGUUAGAAGCAACUAACAAAGACCUAACUGAAAGGAAAUAUAAAGGAGACGCCACUAUCAGAGAACUUAAAGCAAAACUUUCUGGUGUUGAAGAGGAGCUGCAGCGGACUAAGCAAGAAGUUCUCUCUUUGAGAAGAGAGAAUUCUACACUAGAUUCUGAAUGCCAUGAGAAAGAAAAGCAUAUUAAUCAGCUUCAAACAAAAGUGGCAGUUUUAGAACAGGAAAUCAAGGAUAAAGACCAGCUUGUUUUAAGAACAAAAGAAGCAUUUGAUACAAUCCAGGAACAAAAGGUGGCUUUAGAAGAAAAUGGUGAGAAAAAUCAGGUACAGCUGGGAAAACUUGAAGCUACAAUAAAAUCAUUGUCAGCAGAACUUCUGAAGGCGAAUGAAAUUAUCAAGAAGUUACAAGGGGAUCUAAAAACUCUAAUGGGUAAGUUGAAACUGAAGAAUACAGUUACUAUUCAGCAAGAAAAACUCUUGGCUGAGAAGGAGGAAAAAUUACAAAAGGAACAUAAAGAAUUAGAAGAGGUUGGACAGUCUCUCCGAGUUAAAGAGCAAGAGGUAUGCAAAUUACAAGAACAAUUAGAAGCUACAGUUCAAAAACUUGAAGAAAGCAAACAGCUUUUAAAAAAUAAUGAAAAAUUAAUCACAUGGUUAAAUAAAGAACUAAAUGAAAAUCAGUUAGUGAGAAAGCAAGAUGUAUUGGGAUCUUCUACAACUCCACCUGUACAUUCUAAUAGCAGUACAAUCAGAAGUGGAAUUUCUCCUAACCUGAAUGUGGUUGAUGGUAGACUUACCUACCCAAGCUGUGGGAUUGGUUAUCCUGUCUCUUCUGCAUUUACAUUUCAGAAUGCCUUUCCUCAUCCAAUAUCUGCCAAAAAUACCAUCCACCCAGUUUCAGGACCAAAGGCAUGUGCUUCUUUUAGCCAUAUCCUUAUUAUCAUCUGGAGCUGUUGAAAAUUCUGAAUGAAAUGAGAAGCUGAGUUUGCUUAGAAUGCCUUGUCUAAAGAGUAUUUAUAAGCCUUAAAUUGGCUCUUCUUAAAUUUUUUAUUUAGAAUAAAUGGGUAUGUGCAUUCAAAGUAUUAUUGUUUUAUAAUAAAUAUUAGUAUACUCAAGCAUGUUUACAAUCUUGGUUUCAGCUUUUUCUUGAAAAUUAUUGAAUAUAAGGCUGUUUUUACUUUAAACAACUUUCUAGGUUUAUCUAUAAUAUCCAGAUACUAUAAAUUGUUGCCUAGUUGAUAGGACCAAAUAUGAUUUAUGUUUUUUCUUAAAGGUCUUCUGUAAUCAGAAUAUUGUUCUUAAAAAUUUUCUUAAACAUAGAAGCAAAACUUUUGCUAUUUCUUAUAUCAUGAUCUCUAUAUUCUUUUGAUCAUGUAGCCCUAAUAAUAAAAAGAAAGUGAUCACAAUUAGCAUGAAUCUUCAAUACAUGAAUGUUUGUGAAUUUUGUGCAUAUACUACUAUAUUAGAUACAUUAUAACUUAGUCGUUAAGAGUGUGAUAUAGGGGCCAGCGCUGUGGCUCACUUGGUUAAUCAUCCACCUGUGGCACCAGCAUCCCAUAUGGGUGCCAGGUUCUAGUCCAAGUUGCUCCUCUUCCAGUCCAGCUCUCUGCUGUGGCCCGGGAGGGCAGUGGAAGAUGGCCUAAGUGCUUGGGUCCCUGCACCCGCAUGGGAGACCAGGAAGAAGCACCUGGCUCCUGGCUUCGGAUCGCCGUAGCUCCGGCCAUAGUGGCCAUUUGGGGGGCUGAACCAACGGAAGGAAGAAAAAAAAAGAUCCCUCUUUCUCCCUUUCUCCCCUUCUCUCCCCUCCCACUAUUAAAAAAAAAAAAGUGUGAUAUAAAAAACACAGUGGAAUAUAAUAUGAUUUAUUUUUUUAUUUAUAUAAAGGAGACAAAUUUCAUGUAUUUCAUAUGCACAGUUUUAAAAACAUAAUGAUGCUUCCUACCCAACCCUCCUUCCAUCCUUUGCUCCUACCUGCCUUCCUCCUUCUUUAUUUUUCUUUUAAUUUUUGCAAUGACAUAUUUUUAACCUACUUUAUAAUCAAAAGCUUAACCCUGUACUAAAUAAAGAAUUCAAGUAGUUAAGUAGAAAAACCACUGUUUCUCAGGAAUAUAGACAAGGACUAAAAGCAAUAAUCUAAUCUCCAAAUGUCAAUUUCAUUCAUAUAUAUUGCUUUUUUUGUUCCCUAUAUAUUUGCUACCACAAAUCGAAGAAAACAUGGUAUUUGUCUUAUGGGGACUGGCUUAUUUCACUAGGAUAAUGGUCUCUAGUUAUAGAUUUCCUUGGUUCUUUGUGGAGUGAUUUGUUUUUAUUGUAUUCUGAAUCUUUGAGUAUUAUGAGAUUCUAGAUCUUGUUAAAUCCUAAGGAGAAAGCAAUGUUUUUAAAAAUAGCAGUCUUCUCUGGUUCCACUUUUUUUGUUUAUUUAAUUUGAAAGGCAGAGUUACAGACAAAAGAAAGGGACAGAGAAGAGAGAGGUCUUCCAUCUUCUGGUUCAUUUCCCAAAUGGCCAGAACUCCUGGAGCUGGACCAAUCAAGCCAGGAGCCAGGAGCUUCCAGUCUUCCACAUGGGUGCAGGGGCCAAGCACUUGGACCAUCUUCCACUGCUUUCCUAGGCCAUUAGCAGAGUGCAGCCAGGACUCGAACUGGUGCCCAUACGGGAUCCCAGCGGCACAAACCUACUGCACUGCAGCGCCAGCCCCACGAAUUCUGAUUUGCCUUCAGUAGACUUGCUCCAGUGUUAGUUUACUUUUCCAGAAGUUUGCCUUGCCAUUUGGAGUUGUCCCAAGUGUGCACUUUGCAGGGUCUGUUCUAUGACCUGAUCAGUGGUUACCUUAUCAUAUGGUCCAUUUCCCAAAGCCUUUGAUAAGCUGAUUAGGUUGAGAUCUUGCAAGUGGAAUUUGUAAGUGAGCCCAGGAGUUUAUAGAUCAUCUGUGGGUUCUCUUUCUUGUGUUCCUCUCCAUGAUUUCUGUCAAAUUUUCUAGAUUCCUGGGGCCCCCCUUCCUGAUCCUCUGGAUAAAAAGCAGAAGCUUAGGUUCUCCUUCUCUGUCACCUGGUCGCUGUACCUGUGUCUUUGUCUAGUGCCAAACAGUAGGAGGACGAAGUUAAAAAGUAAUGAGGAUUUGGCCCGUGCUCAUAAGACCAUAGUGCCUUUGAUUGGAGAGCAUGAUUCCUUUCCUUCAGAACUGUAGUCUGUUGGCUGCUGUAGCUAUCACCAUUGCGUCUGGAUUGGGACAGAAGAUAACAAAAUAAAAAGGGGAUUUUCCACACUGUCUUUGCCCCUUAGGAGUUCUUUUUUCUUCUCAAGAAUAGAAAGAGGAAUCUACCUUGAUCCUGGUUUUCUUCUAAUUAGUACUUACCGGAAGUAUCAUUUUGUGUCCUUUUACCAGUUUGUAUCUAUAUUUAAGUUGAAUUUCUUUUAGAUAAUCUAUAAAUGUCUCUUACAGUUUUAUCCAUUCUGACAUUGUAUUAGAAAAUUUAAAAUGUGGUAUUUAUAAGAUUUAUUGUCUUGUUCUUUGUUUUUUGUGUGUCCUGUCUGUUCCUUGUGCGUCCCGCUUUCUGCUUGCCUUCUUUCCAAUUGUUUAUUCUAUUUUAUUUCCCAUUUUAUAUUUACUUUUGAUUUUGUGUUAUUUGUGUUUGCUGAAGUCUACAGUGUACAUUUUCGUGUUAUAAUCUACCUUCAACUAAUACUAUUUCCCACAUGAAACAAGAACCUUGUAAUAAUAUUCUUCUGUUUUCUCCCUCCUCUCCUUCUGCUCAUAUUGUCAAAAUUUUACUUCCAUAUUUGUUGUAAAUACAACCUAUUUUUCUUUUGCUUUAAACAGUUUUUAAAGAAACGAGGCAAUAAUCAAGAGUCUUUGGCCUACCAUUACAUUUACUGUUUACACACUAUUCCUUUGUGUUGGUCUAAGUUUUAUUUUAUUUUCUUUAUUUUUUAAAAGAUUUAUUUAUUUAUUUGAAAGGCAGGGGUAUAGAGAGGCAGAGGCAGAGAGAGAUAUCCAUCCACUGGUUCACUCCCCAAGUGGCUGAAACAGUCGGAGUUGGGCCUUUCUGAAGCCAGGAGCCAGGAGCUUCCUUCAGGUCUCCCACCCACACAGGUGCAGGGGUGCAAGACUUGGGCCAUCCUCCACUGCUUUCCCAGGCCAUAGCAGAGAGCUGGAUCAGAAGUGGAGCAGCCGGGUCUUUAACUGUUGCCCAUAUGGGAUGCCAGUGCUGCAGGCAGAGGCUUUACCUGCUGUGCCCCAGCGCCGGCCCCAGGUUUAGGUUUUAAUCUGGUGUAAUUUUACUUUCUCCUCAGUAACUUUUUUUAAAAAAAAGAUACUUUACGUAUUUAUUUGAAAGGCAGAAUGACAGAAAGAAAGGUAGAUCAAUCUUCUAUCUACGGGUUUACUCCUCAAAUGGCCACAACAUCCAGGUCUCAGCCAGGCUAAAGCCAGGAGCCAGGAAAUCCAUCCCAUUCUCCCACAAAGGUGACAGGGACCCAACUACUUGGACCAUCAUCUACUGCUUUCUCGGGUACAUUAGCAGGAAGCUAUAUUGGAAUUAGAGUAGCUAGGACUUGAUCCAGAACUCCAAAAUGGGAUGCUGGCACCACAAGCCAGGGCUUACCCUAUUGCACCAUAGCUCAUGUCCCCUCUUCUCAGUAAGAUUUCUUGCAGUGUAGGUCUGUGAGAAAUGAACUUUUCCUUCAUUUUUCCCAUUAUUUUUUUUAUUUUAUUAUUAUUUUAGAUUUUAUUUAUUUGAGAGUAGAGUUACAGACAGAGAGAGGGAGAGACCGAGAGAAAGGUCUUCAUCCACUGGUUCACUCUCCAAAUGGCCACAGUGGGGGGAGCUGGGCCAAUCCAAAGCCAGGAGCUUCUUCUGGGUCUCCCACGUGGGUGCAGGAGCCCAGCACUUGGGGCAUCUUCUACUGCUUUCCCAGGCCAUAGCAGAGAGCUGGAUUGGAAGAGGAGCAGCUGGCACAUGAUCCAGCACCCAUAUGGGAUGACAGUGUCAUAGGCGAAGGCUUACCCUACUACACAACAGCACCAGCCCCUAUGCUUUUAUUUUUACCUCAUUUUCUCCGUAUACAGGGUUGUAGGUAAGUUUUAUUUUUUUUUUCUUCUCUGAAUUUGAAGAAGUCAGUCUGUUAUUGCUUGGAUUGAAUCGUUUCUAACAGGAUAAGACUAGUCAUGUUUAUCACUCUCUGGGUGCUUUUAAGAAAUAUCUUUUUUAUUGAUUCAGUAGCUUAGUUAUGUUCUUGGAUGUGGUACAUGUCUAUCAUUAUCCUCAUGGGGUUUUUUUGAGGUUCUCCACUUGGUGGAGUUCUGUUUUUUUUGUAAUCUGUUUUGGAGUUCUGGUUUUUUUUGUAAUCUGUUUAAGAGGAUCUGAUCCUUAUUAUUUCUUCACUUUUUCUGUUAUUUUCUCCCUUUUCUGUAUUCCAAUUAUACAUGGCUGGCCACAUGAUUAUUGCAUUGAGACUGUCCCUUUAUUUCAUUAUUAUUUCUCAAUUUUGUAUAGAUUCUAAAGCUGUGCCUUAAAGUUCACUAAUUGUUUUUUCUGCAGUGUCUAAUAUUUUGAAUAUUGUAUCUCUAUAAUUUCCAUUUUUCUCCUUCUUAAAAAGAUUUAUUUAUUCAAGAUUUUAUUUUGGAAGUCAGUGUUAUAGAGACAGAGAGAGAGAUGGGGAGAGAGAGAGAGAGAUCUUCCAUUCGCUAGUUCACUCUCCAAAUGGUCAGCAUUAUGAGAGGCUGAAGCCAGGAGCAAGGUGCUUCUUUCAGGUCUCUCAUUGGGUGCAGGGACCCAAGCACUUGGGCCAUCCUCUGCUGCUUUCUUUGGCCAUUAGCAGGGAGCCAGAUCAGAAGGGGAGCAACUGGGACUCAAACCUGUGCCCAUCUGGGAUGCUAGCAUCGGCGGUGGUGGCUUAACUCACUGUGUCAACAAUGCCAACCCCUGUUUGUUUGUUUGUUUACUUAUUUGAAAGUGUCAGAGAGAUGGGGAGAGAGAAAGAGAUAUCUUUCAUCUACUAGUUCACUCCCCAGAUGGCCACAACAGCCAGGGAUAGGCCAGGCUGAAGCCAGGAGUCAGGAAUUUCAUCCAGAUAUCCCACACCGGUAACAGGGGCCAAGCACUUGGCCAUCAUCUGCUGCCUUUCCAGACUCAUUAGCAGGAAGUUGGAUCAAAUGCAGAGCAGCUAGGACCAACAGCCAGUAUUCUGAUGUCUGUUGCCCGCAUUACAAGCUAAUGGCUUAACCCACGGCACCACAAUGUUGAUAUACAUAAAAUACAAUUGAGUCAUUGUUCCAUAAUUCAGUCAUUUCUGGCUGUUUCUAUUGAUUGACUUAUAUUUGACUCUGCUCUAGUAAUUUUGAGAAGAUGUGGAACACUUCUAUCUACUGGGUUACUCCCCCAAAUGACUAAUAGCUAAGGGCUGGGCCAGCCUAAAACCAAGCGUCCAGAACUGAAUUCAGGUCCUCUGGGGGAGCGGCAGGCAUCCAAGUACUUCAGCGAUGAUCUGCUGCCUCCCAGUGUAUGGACUGGCAGGAAGCUAAACUUGGAAGCAGAGCCAGGACUCAAACCGAGGCACUCUGAUAGGGAUACCAGUGUCUGAAGUGGCAUUUUAACCUCGGUGAUAAGUACCUGCCCCACGUACGUGUUUUCCUGUAAGGUAUAUUAAAAUCAGUUUGUCUUGCUUUAAAGUAUCACAUUUGUGGGGCAGAUGUUUGCCUUGUGGUAAAGACCAUUGUUAGGACUCCUGUGUCCCACAUCAGAGUGCCUGGGUUCCAUUCCUGGCUUUGGCUUUCUGCUUCCCACUUCUGCUGUUGGGAAUGCUGAGAGGCAGCAGUGAAGGAUCAACUAGUUGGGCUCCUGCUACCUCUGUAGGAGACCUGGAUCAAGUUACAGGCUCCUUGCUCUGCUGUGCCCAUUUCCACCGUUGUGUACGCUUGAGAAGUGAAUCAGCAGAAAGGAGCUCUUUUUCAAAUAAAGGAGUAAAAAGCAAAUUUAAUUCUAUUUGUACAUAAUGCUAUCAUGCUAAGAAUAGAUUAAUAUAGGGAGAACGAUCCUUUUACAUUAUUUAAUCUCAAUAGUUAAAUAUAACAGCAUAUAUCUUUCUAAUUUAUAAUUUUAUCAUAUGAAGCCAGCAUGUGCCUAUUCCUAUUUUGAGUUUUUACCAUAAAUGGAUUUUUGUUGUUGUUUUGUCUUUUCUGUUUGUAUAGAAAAAUAAAUUUUUAAAAAUUAUUCUUUGAAAAGCAGAAACAUGGAGAGAAACAGCUGCCAUCACUGUUUCACUCUUCAAAUGCCGGCAGUGGUCAGAGGUGGGCCAAAGACAGGAGAUGGAAACACUGAGGUCUCUUGCAUGGCAGAGACCCAGUCCAAUCCCUUGAGCUUCCCUGUUGCUUCCCAGGAUCCAUACUGUUAGGAAGCUGGAAUUGGAGUAAUCCAACCCAGGGACUUCAGUGUGGGAUGCAGGCAUCUUAACUGGGUAUCUUUCUGUCAUGCUAAACACCUACUCCUUCCAUUAUUUAAAUAAACUAUAGUAGUUUAUAUGCUGUUUUUUUGGAUUUUUACAUAGAUUGUUGAUUACUUUUGAGUAUUUCAAAAUUUAAAUUUGAAGACCUAAUUUAAAAUCCUUAAAGAAAUUUAACAAGCUUGGGCCGGCACCGCGGCUCAUUAGGCUAAUCCUCCGCCUAGCGGCGUCGGCACACCGGGUUCUAGUCCUGGUUGGGGCGCCGGAUUCUGUCCCGGUUGCCCCUCUUCCAGGCCAGCUCUCUGCUGUGGCCCGGGAAGGCAGUGGAGGAUGGCCCAAGUGCUUGGGCCCUGCACCCCAUGGGAGACCAGGAAAAGCACCUGGCUCCUGCCAUCGGAUCAGCGCAGUGCGCCGGCCACAGCGCGCCGGCCGCGGUGGCCAUUGGAGGGUGAACCAACGGCAAAAGGAAGACCUUUCUCUCUGUCUCUCUCUCUCACUGUCCACUCUGCCUGUCAAAAAAAAAAAAAAAAAAAAAAAUAUAUAUAUAUAUAUAUAUAACAAGCUUGGAAAGUUCUUUACAAGAUAGAAUUUUCAGAAUGCAUGAGAUAAAUUUUUUUUAUGUAACAAACUUGCAUGUUUUAGUGUUCAUGUUUUUGUUUUCAAAGUAAUUUUUAGGGGAAUCAUUUCGUGGUAUUCAGCUUGCUUCUAUGACAGAAACUUACAUUUUGGGGGCUGGCACUGUGGUACAGUGCGUUGUCAUUGUCUGCAGUGCCAGCAUCCCAUAUGGUGCUGGUUCAAGUCCCAGCUGUUCUACUUCCAACCUAGCUCCCUGCUAAUGGCCUGGGAAAAGCAGCAGAGGAUGGUCCAACUGUUUGGGCCCCUGCCAUCCAUGUGGGAGACCCAGAUGAAGCUCCUGGCUCCUGGAUUCUGCCUGGCCCAGCUCUGGCUAUUAACAGCCAUCUGGGGAGUGAACCAGCAGAAGAAGAUCUCUCUUUUUCUCUGUAACUCUAACUUUCAAAUAAAUAAUCUUCAAAAAGGAAAAAAAGAAACUUACUUUUUUGGUAAGGAGAGGUAAGAUUAUUUUUAUUAGAGGCCGGCACUGUGGCAUAGCAGGUAGAGCCACUGCCUGCAGUGCCGGCGUUCCAUAUGGGCGCCAGUUUGAGUCCCAGCUGCUCGACUUCUGAUCCAGCUCUCUGCUGUGGCCUGGGAAAGCAGUGGAAGGUGGCCCAAGUCCUUGGGUUCCUGCACCCAUGUGGGAGACCCAGAGAAGCUCCUGGCUUCGGAUUGACGCAGCUCCGGCUGUUGCAGCCAUCCGGGGAGUGAACCAGCAGAUCAAAAGCUCUAUCUUCCUCUCUCUCUCUGCCUCUCUGUAACUCUGCCUUUCAAAUAAAAUAAAUAAAUAUUUUUAAAAAUUAUUUUUAUUGGCCGGCGCCGCGGCUCAAUAGGCUAAUCCUCCACCUAGCGGCGCCAGCACACCGGGUUCUAGUCCCGGUCGGGGCGCCGGAUUCUGUCCCGGUUGCCCCUCUUCCAGGCCAGCUCUCUGCUGUGGCCAGGGAGUGCAGUGGAGGAUGGCCCAAGUGCUUGGGCCCUGCACCCCAUGGGAGACCAGGAGAAGCACCUGGCUCCUGCCAUCGGAUCAGCCCAGUGUGCUGGCCACAGCGCGCCAGCCAGCCGUGGCGGCCAUUGGAGGGUGAACCAACGGCAAAAGGAAGACCUUUCUCUCUGUCUCUCUCUCUCACUAUCCACUCUGCCUGUCAAAAAAAAAAAAAGUAAAAAAAAAAAUUAUUUUUAUUUACACAUUGAAGCAUUCAUGUCAGUGUGGAACUGUCUCAGUUCUCAAUAAUUCAGUCACAUGAAAUAUUUUCUGUCU